AGCGGGAGGGAGGGGCAAGGGCUCAUGGGAUCUGUACUGAGAAGGGUGGGAAACGGCAGAGUUGAGGGGCGCGCCUCUCAUUUCCAAAAUCGUCUGGCCGCUUACUGUUUACCCAGAGUUCAUUCCUCUUCUCCCCUUCUCAAGGCCGCGCGUAAUGGUAGAGAGGAGGAUGAACUCUCUAGUGAAAUGGGCGCUCAUCCUCUUUGUCCUCGUCUCCAUCAUUCUCAACAUCGUCCUGAUCGGUAUCCACUCGAGCAGGACGCCAAAAUGUUCCGCUCAGCGUGUCCACCCGCUGCGGGGCAAACACGACAAGCGCAGCCUCGUGUUCGCUGACCUCACCCGGGAGGAGUACUUGCAGGUCCAGCAGUACAUGCUCAAGGAUAAAAGCUUGAACAUAUCCAUCAACCAGGCCACCACUCCAUCGGAAAACUUUUUAUUUUUGAUAGACCUAUCUCUGCCUAAAAAAGUGGACGUGCUGGCUUAUUUGAGCGAAACAUCUCCAAAGCCGGUCAGAGAGGCGACGGCAGUGGUCUUCCACGGCUCCAAAGGCUACAUUAAGGAGUACGUAGUAGGGCCUCUGCCCAAUCCGACAUACAUCAGAGAUGUCACUCUGGAGAAGUACGGUAUUACACUGCCAAUAAACGCGCGCACGGUCACCAUCGGGGAAUACAAUUUGCUUUUUAAGUUUUUGGAUGCUGAGGUCUUCUCCAAACUGAAGAAGCUCAUGAAAGAGAGCUUCGACGUGGAUGAGAACAAGAAACUGAACCCGUUCGAGCAGAUGCCCCGCGGACUCCGAUCCGGGGACAGAAAAACCUGGAUAUCUUUCUUCAGAGAUGUGAGCGGCAUGUACAUCCACCCGGUGGGCUUUGAGGUGCUGGUUGACCACGGCAGCGUCGACGCGUCACAAUGGAAAGUGGAGAUGCUGCUUUAUAACGGCCAGUACUUCAACACCGUGGAAGAACUUAAACAGAAAUAUGAUGCGAUGUCUGUUAAGAAAAUAGCUUACAAGAAGUCGCCUGACUAUGAUUCACUAAAACCCAAAAACAAACCUCUGCAGAUCGGCCCGCAGCUGUUUUACGCAGAGGGGAAGCGCUACAGCGUCAGCAACAACCAUGUCCUGUACCUGGACUGGAGCUUCGCCUUCGGGCUGAGCUCUCUCACGGGCAUGAAGGUGUUUGAUGUGCGCUUCAAGAACGAGAGGAUAGCCUACGAGCUGAGCGUGCAGGAGGCCAUGUCGGUGUACGGUUCUUUGACUCCAGGGAUGAUACUGACCAAGUUUCUGGACUCGAGCAUCGGCAUAGGACGCUUUGCGCACGAACUGGCCCGUGGCGUGGAUUGUCCCUACGAAGCCACCUACGUGGACACAUACCGCUACAUCGAUGUCCAAGCCCCGGUCAGAUACAGGAAUUCAAUCUGCAUCUUUGAGCACAACAUGGGGCAGCCCCUGCGGAGGCACUUCGGUGACUUCUUCCACAAAAGUUACGGGGGGAUGGUGAACAGCGCCCUGGUGUUCAGGACGAUCACAGCUAUAGGAAACUAUGACUACAUGUGGGAUUUCAUCUUCUAUCAGACCGGAGCAGUGGAGGCCAAGGUGCACGCCACCGGAUAUAUCUCCUCUUCAUACCUGGUGGACGGUAGUCAGAAAUACGGACACCAGGUGGCGGAAAAUGUACUGGGGAACAUCCACACCCACUUCAUCAACUUUAAAGUGGACCUGGAUGUGUUGGGAGAGAGGAAUGUCUUCCAGACCAAAGACAUGGAAUACGUCAAUGUGUCGCUUCCAUGGAAGACUGAUCACUACGCCAUGGUCCCGCAGCUGGUGGAGAAGCAGCUCAAAACAGAACAGGAGGCGGCUCUGCGUUACGGCACCAAGACUCCUCGCUACCUCCACAUUGCCAGCAAUAAGACCAACAAAUGGGGUCACCAGCGCUCCUACAGGCUGCAGGUAUUCAGCUUCACUGGAGAUCACCUCCCAGAGAGCGAGCCAGAGGAGAGGAGCAUGUCGUGGGCCAGGUAUAAGGUUGCUAUCACCAAGUAUAAGGACUCAGAGCAGACCAGCAGCAGUCUGUACAGUCAAAACAACAUCUGGAGUCCAGCUGUCGACUUCAGCAAGUACAUUGCAGACGAUGAAAGCAUUGAAGACCAGGACCUGGUUGCCUGGGUGACCACUGGCUUUCUCCACAUCCCCCACGCCGAGGACAUCCCCAACACGGUAACAGUGGGCAAUGGGGGCGGGGUCCUGCUGCGACCCCACAACUACUUUGAUGAGGACCCGUCCAUCCACUCUGCUGAUUCGGUGUACAUUAAGCCUGGCAGUGAGAACAGCUGUGAAAACAACAGGAUGGCCUGCCUUGCUAAGGAGACCUGCAGCCCCGUGCUGGAACCUUUCACCUAUAACGGCUUUGAAGGAGUCAUGAAGUUUGAAGACUGAUUUAUUGAGAACUUAGAGGAAAUAGCUUAAGAGGCUUGUGCUUGGGGUUAUACUGAUCUAUCAAGGAGGUUGUGUCAGUGUUAGCAUGUUUAGGAAGCGGUUUGGAAUGGCAAAUUAUUUGUGCAACUUGUUUUUUAAAGCAGCACUAAGCAAAUAAUCAAGUAAAGGUUUUUUUUUCCCAAGAGAGAGAUAAGAAGAAUAUCCUGGAAUCAGGAUGUGCUUAACAAAAACUCCCAUAUGUCCUUCUUACAGAUUUUGUGCUAAGCUAGUCUAACUACAGCCUAAAUCGAGCUCCGUAUUUAAGACAUAGACAUGAAUUAUUUGCCUAUAUAAAGAAAGCCAAGAAAAGUACUCCAUCACAAAUAAUGAGUCCUCUACAGAUUUCCUCUAUUCUAAUCUUGCUGGUGAGGACACAACACACCAGUGUCCCUGAAAUAGCAGUAAUUUUGGCUGUUACUGAGGUUGGCAUGUGCUACCUCAUUAACUACAAUCAUGCAUAUUUUACAGUACAUAACUGCUGGUCACAUUUCAAAGCUUGUAAGAUUUUACAACCAUUUCCAAUCUUCUAACAUUUAACUACUAAUAUGAAAAAUCAAUGUACAGCACGGAAACUGGAAACAUGCAAAUCGUCCAUGACCACCAUUCCCCUGAUUACGCCAUUUCAGACACAACGUGACCGUACUCUGAAACCCAUUAUUUCCAAUGGUCCAACAUUUUUUUCGCUACACUGAGCAAACUUCAAUCCAAAGUUCAGCUGACCUUUGUUUCUCACCUUUGUUCAACCUGGUUUGCAUGAAGUUUGGCACGCCUUGGCACAGUUCACAGUUAGAAAGAGCAAUGUGUGGCUAAGGAAUCAAGAUUAUGGUAUAAUUUAAUCCUCAAUCAAUCAAAACAAAAUAUCUGUUAUAGCUACAUUGUAUUAGAUUCUGCAUUUAGUACUAUCAUCAUGUUUCAGUAGUUAAUUGAAAGAAUCUUUACUAUCAGCAGCUGCAGUGCUACCUUACCUGAUGACAUUUCAUUUUUCUUUACACAAACCACCAUUUGCUCAUUAGCGCUUUUCGCCGAUCACUGACAAAUCGUCUUUAGUAAGGUGCUACUAUUCUAUGUUUUUCUGACGGUCAACAAAACCCAAUAAAAGUCGUUCUUACCCUCAGCUCCAAGCCCAGUGGUUCCUACUCAAAACAUGUAUUUUAUUAAAAAAAAAAAAAAAAGCUCAGUAAUUUCCUAAAACAGCUGGUCACUGUAGUUACUGGAAUAUCGCACCUGCUUUGCAUGAGCACGUUUUGCUUCACGUCAUUGCUCAGAGAUGCUUGCAUGGCAGUAGAGUCUUAAAGUCUUGUGCCUUUUUGGUGGUAUCACUAAGGUUAGCAAUGCCUCUUGACAGUUUUUGUUUGCUUUCUGAUUUGUAGUUGAGUGAUUACAUCUAUAAAACUGAAAAUGUGAAUUUGUCAUUAUCAAAAUAAAAAGCAAAGUUGUAGUUAUUAUUAGGUUAACAGGAAUAAGGGUUAUGCCACCACUAGUUCAAUUUUACUAGUUUGAAAUGUAUUACUUUACUUACUUUUACUACUUUUAAGACUAUACACUGCAAGCUGAUAUUUUAUCAGUAACCUUUUUUUAUAAAAGCAUAUGAUGAUAUCAUCCUAAAUGUGGUCUAUGAUUUAAGAUUUUGUAAGCAAAGAGGGUAUCAUAUGUCAUCAUUUCAAUACUUUAUAAUAAUGGUACAAAUCAUAUAAUUAAGUAAUACAAGCCUCAUGAUGAUUUAAUGCAACUAAUACACAAUGUAUGAUGAACUCCUGUGAUUAACGGUUAAGUUCACAUGUCUUGGUCUCAUGUUAUGUAACCGCCCCAUUCAAGUUUUUUUCUUGUUUUUUGUUUUUUUAAAUGGGGUUGUAUGAGGCACUGAGGCAUAGUCAGUGUGUUACCUACAGUAGACAAUGGUCAGAAGGACCUGACACAGUAGAGCAAAGCUGCUGUGGACAGGGUCUCCAUUAUCCGUAGACUAUAGUGAGUAUAUUCUCGCUGCUUUACCUUCCCAUUAGACAGCCUUUACUUAAACUGCAGCACUGAUGGCAAGGUAAAGUGGUAAUAAUAUGCUAACUAUAGCAUAUACUCUAAUGGAUAUUUUAUUUUUUAUGUAGCUAUAACAGGUUUUUAUGCUGACAUGUCCACAGCAGUGGGUUGCUCUACUUUCGACAUCCGACAUCAGUUUGCUUGUCCAAACCAGUAGCGAGUUCCACUCUCUAUUGUAGGUGACUGUUUAUAAGUACCUCAUACAAUCCAACUUAAAAAAAAACCCAAACUAUCCCUUUAAGUAUGAACUAAUCACAUAAAGUCAUAGUGAUCUGAUCAUUUGUUUGUGGUGGGAAACAGGAAUUCAUGAUACAUCCUGCAUUAGUAGAAGUAUAUCAUCUGUACCCUUAUUGUAAAAGGUUGUCAUGUUUGAAAUCCUUUUUGCUUUUAUGAAAUCAAUAUCUAUCCAGAUUGGCACUGAGAAAGAUUGCUCUAUGUGUUUGUUACUGAUGAACCACUGUGUUAUAAACUGUGAUUUAAACAUUGUAAACUGACACUGUACAGUCAGCUGUGUGUAAAUGUGUGCACUGACAGAUACAACCGAUACAAUCCAAAGCAGGAUCAAUCUUUAAUGUGGCUUCAGGUUGGGACUACUGAACAUCUACCUGAUUUCUGAUUCAUUCUGUAUCAGAUCAGAUCUUUCAAAAAUGAAUAGUUGUAAAGAAGUCUUUUAAGCUUUGUUUAUGCUCUUGUGAGACACUGAAAACAACAAAUGUAAUCUGGUAAAAUAAAGGUUGAAAAUCCUGACAACAA